AUGUUUGGUGAAGGGAACAAACCCACCGAGCCUGUACCCGCAUAUGAUGCUGGGCAGGACCCAUUUCAAGGGCCUAAUGCUUCAAAGAACCAAUAUCAGGGUUCAGCAGCUGAUUAUAACGGUGCACCACCACCACCUGCUUCACAGCCGGGAAAUCAAUACCAGUUUAGACAGGAUCAGUACUACAACUUGAAUGCUGAGGGUGAAGGUGCGCCAAUCGGUAGUUUCGAAGAAAAAUUUCCUGUUGAAGGAGAGGACAGUAAACCAAAAUGGAACGAUUGGCCAUUCACCAUUUUCUUCGCUGGAUGUGUCAUUGCUUUCAUUGUUGUUGCUGCAAUUACGUUAAGAGCAUGGUCCCAAAAUAGUAGCUCGCAAGGGUCUGGUGUAUAUGAUGGUGCUAAUACUGGUACUUUAACUACCAAUUCAGCCAUUAUGUUGGCUAUUUCCUGUAUCAUUGCGUUUGUGUUUUCGAUCAUAGGGAUAGUGUUGGCUAGAAUGUUCCCCAAAUUCUUUAUCAUUGCAGGGAUCCUUUUCAACAUUAUUGCGGGUUUGGCUACUGCCAUUAUGUACCUUUCGUUGAAAUAUUACUCUGCGGGUAUUGUUUUCCUUGUUUUCACCGCUAUUUGUGCUUUAUUCUAUUGGAGAAUGAGACAUAGAAUUCCGUUCACUGUUGCCGUCUUAAAAACUGUUAUGGAUGUGAUGAAAAGCUAUCCACAGACAUGGUUUGUGACUUUGAUUGGAAGUAUUAUAGCAACUGCUUUCUCCAUUCUUUUCUCAGCUGUUAUUGUCGCUACCUAUAUGAAGUAUGAUGAUAAGGCUAACAACCCAGGUUGCUCCACCAACGGCGGGUCUUGUUCCAAUGCAAAGUUGAUUGGGUUGCUUGUCUUGGUGUUUUUCUGUGGUUACUACAUUGCAGAAGUCAUUAGAAAUGUCAUUCAUUGCACUGUCAGUGGUAUAUUCGGUGCUUGGUAUUAUUUUUCGAAAUCAGAUCAAGGUAUGCCAAAAUGGCCUGGAUUUGGUGCUCUAAAAAGAUCUCUAACCUACUCCUUUGGUUCCAUUUGUUUUGGUUCCUUGAUUGUCACUAUCAUCGAGACUUUGAAAGCAGUCCUACGUCUAGCAGUAGAUGGUGUUAUGGGUGGUGGCGGAGCAGAUAACGGAUGGAUGCAAUGUCUUGCACUAAUCGCCAACUGGAUCUUCAGCUUUUUGGAAUGGCUUGCUCGCUACUUCAACCACUAUGCUUACGUGUUCAUUGCUUUGUAUGGUAAGCCAUAUUUACGUGCUGCAAAGGAAACAUGGUAUAUGUUGAGAGAAAAGGGUAUUGAUGCAUUAAUCAAUGACAAUUUAGUCAAUGUCGCAUUGAGCUUCUUCACCUUAUUUACAUGUUACAUCACUACGUUAUUUGCUUACCUCUAUUUGAGAUACACAGAUCCUAAUUACAAUGACAACAACAACUUUACACCAGCCUUGAUGGCAUUCGCCUUCGUCAUUGCUAUGGAAAUUUGCAACGUGAUUACAGAGACCAUCAGAUCCGGAACUGCUACCUUCUUCGUUGCAUUGGGUAAUGAUCCGGAAGUUUUCCACCUAUCUUACCCAGAAAGAUUCGACGAAAUCUUCAGGGCAUAUCCUGAAGUCUUAAAGAAACUUUCUCACCAGAACGUUUAA